AAGAAGGUGGAGAUGCUGGAAAACUGAACUCCUUUCUGUAUCCUAAUAUUCUUGCCUCAAAACCUCGGAUUCUGCUCUCAAAAGAACCAAAAUUCAGUGAUUUAACAUACAAAUGCAUAAAUGGCAGGUGAACCAGUAAACGUGAAUGAAUUUGAAGAGCUAGCUAGGCAAGUUCUUCCAAAGAUAUCCUAUGACUUUUUCUCUGGAGGAGCUGAGGACCAGCACACACUCAAAGAAAAUAUUGAAGCAUUUCGUAGAAUCACUAUCCGGCCAAGAAUACUAGUUGAUGUGAGCAAAAUUAACAUGUCAACUAUUAUACUCGGUCACAAGACAUCAGCUCCAAUUAUAGUUGCCCCAACUUCGUCGCAUCAAUUGGCACAUCCUGAAGGAGAAGUUGCAACAGCUAGAGGUGCUGCAGCAUGUAAUGUUAUCAUGGGAGUGGCAUUUACGUCAACAUGCACAAUGGAGGAGGUUGCUUCAAGCUGCAAGGCUGUUCGCUUCAUUCAGACUUUUGCUUUCAAGAGAGAGAUAACAGCAAAUAUGGUACAGAGAGCUGAACGCAAUGGGUUCAGGGCUAUAAUCCUCACUGCUGAUACUCCCAGGCUAGGUAGAAAGGAGGCAGAUAUAAAGAAUAAGAUGAUUGCGCCUCCUUUCAAGAACUUUGAAGGUCUUAUAUCAACUGUAGCUGUUUCUGACAAAGGCUCAAAUGUUGAAGCUUACGCUGCAGAAACUCUUGAUCCUUCGUUUUGCUGGAAGGAUAUAGCAUGGUUAAAAUCAAUUACCAAGUUGCCAAUUCUGAUUAAGGGUGUUCUCACUGGUGAAGAUGCAACCAAAGCAAUUGAAGCAGGAGUUGCAGGAAUAAUCGUCUCUAACCAUGGAGCUCGGCAGCUGGAUUACACUCCAGCUACUAUUUCUGUUCUUGAAGAGGUGGUCCAUGCUGUUCAAGGUAAAGUUCCAGUUCUUUUUGAUGGAGGAAUUAGGCGAGGAACUGACAUAUUCAAGGCGUUAGCACUAGGCGCAAAAGCUGUUCUGAUUGGUCGACCAGUCAUCUACGCCCUAGCUGCUAAGGGGGAGACCGGGGUAAAACAAGUUAUAGAAAUGCUCAAGAAUGAAUUGGAGCAGACCAUGGCUCUUGCUGGCUGCCGCACUGUGGAUGACAUUACCAGAAGCCAUGUUAAUACAGAGACCGAAAGGAUCCUAUGUAGGAUGUAGUUUAAUCCUAUGUUCCUCUAAAUAAACGGCUUAUUAGCGCUAAACUCUAUAAUCAUGUCACGUCUUGCUUUCUAAUAAUCCUCUGUGUAGUAGCAUUUCUGCUCCUCUCCAAUAACUAAAUCCUUGUAUAGGAUUGUGAUAAUUUCCUUAUGGUAACUGCAGUGGCCUAGCCACAUACAAUAAAGGUUCAUCCGUUGAACACCUUUCAUCCAAAA